ACAAACAAGUAAAAACGACAUUACGGUAACUUUCUUUUUUGGUAAUGAUGUAUUUUGAGUUAUGCUAUCUUACUGCAUCAAAAUCUCAAUUUUCAUAAAAAGUGGACUUAGCACGUUUGCGAACUAAGCCAACGAUGUAUAACUUAUAAGAAAAUAUUCACCAGGAAAUUGAACGCCGUGAGCAGCGCGCCGCCGGUUUCGAUUGCACCGAUGGGCAUAUUCUACGUCGGCAAAUGCGUGUGGGCGUGGAAAGAAGUGAACAGAGCGCCAAUCAACAGGAACCUAUUUACUCUGAAAUUGAAGAAGAGAGCAUACAUAUCACGGGAACGCCACAUUAUGACAAUAAAACAAGCGCUAAGGAAAUAGUAACAAGCAGACCGGAUGUGGAAGUGUUGUAUGCCAAAGUCAAUAAGGCCAAUAAAAAGCUGAAGCCACAAGCUAUGCAUACAACUCCAAUGCCAUUAGGAAAGCUAUUACAUGACUCGCUGAAAAAUUCAGAUAUAUCCCCGUUUACAGUACAACUGCCAACGCUGCAGGAGCAAUCUGGCAGUGAUACAUCAUACAUGUCGCCUCCGCAAGCGCAUGUGUGUGCGACAGCCACUUCAACAACACUAUCACAUUGCCGUUCACUGAAUAAUGUGCGCAUGCAGGAGCAGCAUUCUCCGCCAAAGCGAGAUCGUAACCUAAAUAAAUCCGAUCUGUCGCUGCAUCGUAGUGAGAUAUUUUUAGACAACCUGUGUCGAAGUGAGCUCGUACCGGAAAAUGGUGAACUGGAGCGGGUUGAGAAAAUGAAUAAUAAUGAUUUAAACAAAUCCUACGGUUCCCUACGUACCGAUUCUAUGGGCCAAAUAAAUACUUAUCGGCACUUCUCUACAUCCACGCCUACUCCAAACGAUUCAAUAUCCUAUGAUACGCCAAAUGACGCAGACUUUGAUAACAUUUCCCAGGCAGAUAUUAGCCAAUCAGGCUUAAGUUUGGCUAACGAAUCGAUGACAUCUGGUGCUCCAAACACACCGAAAAAGCAGAAUGCACCCAAAUUUGUAACUAAGUCACACCUAAGCAAACAACGAUUGUCUAAUCUCAAUCCAUCGACCGAUAUCUUCUCAUCGCCUUCAUCUUGCCAUCAGCCAAGUACCAGUUGCCCUGCUACACCACGAAAAGCUCAAUCAGAUUACCCAACAGAGCUACCACACACCUCCAGUCUCAAUGAAGUACACCAAGCCGACACUGGAGACCAAUUCCAACAAGAGCAACAUUCAACACCUAGCGGCAGUUUUAAUGGUCAAGUUCAACGUUCUACAAUCGGCCACAGUUGCAUUAAAACACCUUCCAGCAAUUUAAACAUUCCCUCUUAUAAGCGUUUAAAAAAUGUUUUGCGCAACUCAUUUAAGCGCAGCACGAACUUCGUUAAAAACGAGACACGUCGUCUAUCCAGUUCUUUUAGCUUUCCCUCGUCACAUAUAAGCUUGUCGAAGAGCAUAAAUACGCACAAUCAAACCGACCCAAACCUGCAUGCUGCCACGUCCACAUACGAUUUGGAUGCAUUGUUCGCAUUGGACGAAAAAGCGCCAGUAACGCAGCAAUUAGCGCAAGCGGUAACUAUUUGUCGACAACUACCGGAAGUAGAAAUUUCACCUGAAAUGGUGGAAGCUGAACGUUUACUGCUUUUUUCGCGCCUACGUGGUGACGUGUGGCCCCAGCAUGGUCGGCUGAUUUCAGCACGUGCUUCCGGACAACACACACAUCGUUUUUAUGUGGAUAGCAUGCGUUUGCCCAUAAAAGUCGAUGUUAAUCAAGAUUUCUUCUUCAACUAUUUCUAUAUAGUGACUUUCGAGUGUGGUGGUGUAAUAAAGUCCACACAAUCGGCGGAGUGCCACAACGGACAGGCAAUAUUUAGUGAUUGCGGCAUUGAAUUUGUAGGCGGUUUGGGGAAGGAGGAUAGCGAGGUGCGCUGUAAAAUAUUUAUGUUGCGGUUGCGCAAAGUAUCUACACUAUCGCUGGAACCCAAGCGGCCCAUAGUUAAAAUACCUGCUAUACGCACACCUGGCGGCUCAUCGACAUCAUCUUCGGGCGAUGAAAUCGUUUCACGUUUUCGCCUACAUGCCAGCUUUUUACUUCAUGCCCGCAAUUUUGUGCCGUACGAGUACGUAGAAUGUGAAUCCAAGAACACAGAUAAACUUUGCUUGCGAGCCAGCGCCAAAAAUUGUCAAUUACCACUAACACCGUGUACACAAUCUACAAAUCUCAGUGCUGCAAUUCAAAUAAGUGGCCGCACGGAAGUUCGCCUGCCUAAACAUACGCAUAGCGGUUUUCUAAAUGUGCAAGAUCCUCAUACGCUUCACAAUUGGAAUCGACGUUGGUGUACAUUGGAUGGUAUCUUCGUACACGUGUGGACAGAUGAAAAUCAAAUGGAUGACAAAUUGCUACUAUCUUUGGAUAUGCGCUCGAAUGUGCAGUCAACGCCACUGCAAAUGGCCCCGCGGGAAUUGUGUGCACGUGCACGCGCUUUUUGUUUGCAGUGCUCGCUACAAAAGGGCGGAGAGGAAGUGGAUACAGCGGCAGUAUUUUUUGCAGCAGAUACACAGGAGGAACUGGAGGUGUGGUUGAAGCAGCUAAAUGCAGUGCUAGAAUUUAUUGAAAAGUGGUUGCAUGCUAAGAGCGGCGAUGAAGAAUGUUAGUGUGGGACUUUUCUUUCUUCUCUCGCACAAAUUUUCUUAUGGAAUGUCAUAUGCCUUGUAUUUGAUAGCUGUAUUUAUUUUUUUGUAAUUCCUACUAAUACAUAGUUUUAUACAAAUUUGGUCGGUUUAUAUAUAUGUAUGUAUGUAAGUGCUUAUGAUACUUACACAUUUAGGAUAGAUAUAUGUUUUUAAUAAAUUAAUAUUUACUUAUAAAAAUAAGUCGUUGUCAGCCGAUACAUUAAUCUUUGCUUGUACUUGCUUUGUUUAUAGAAAACCUCGUAGAAACUUGUCAGCAUAAUUUGAAGCGUUGAAAUAACUGUAUAAUUUUUUAAAU